CAUUUGCAUCCACUCCAUCCGCUAUACACCCAGUGCUCCCUCCAUGUCCCCUCUGUUGCUGCACCGCUUCAAGACUCGCCGCGUCGCUGUUGUCCCUGACCCCAACGACUUUAGUGACGCUUGCCAUCCAUCAAGCGUCCACGACUUUCGCCAUCGCAAACAUAGACGGCUCAUGCUAGACUUUUGGCAAGGGCUCCUCGCGGCUCUCGAAAGACUCGCCAUGUUACCGUCGAUGCUGCACUCGGUGCUUCCAUUGCUGUCGCCACGAAAACGCGUCCGAGAUGCCGUGCGGACGUAUGACCGGACCAUGGACGACCUGCUACGCGAAAUCCAACGCCUCAUGGAAGCACCACUGGAUCCCGCCAACCUGCUCGACAUGUCGGCAGCGCUGCAGCGACAGUUUGCCCCAAAGCUGCAGUCCAGCGACAUUUGCAUGUUGCCUUCAUACAACCACAAGCUCCCCUCUGGCCUCGAAAAAGGAACCUACCUGGCUCUCGAUGUCGGCGGAUCGACAUUCCGGAUUGCGCUGGUCGAGUUGAACGGCAAGAAGCCCGGCACCAAGAACAUGCGUAUCGUCGCCAUGAAGAGUUACAAGAUCGACGAGAAAGUCCGCCAACGAAGCGGACAUGACUUCUUCGAGUGGAUGGCCGACAAGAUACAGCUGGCGCUUGCCGAUCCGCAACUGCAGCCUUCGGCCACGAUUCCCAUGGGCCUGGCAUGGUCUUUUCCUGUUGAGCAAACUUCUAGUCGCAGCGCCAACUUGCUCGACAUGGGCAAAGGCUUCCGAGCAACCGAAGGGCUCCUCGGCCGAGACCUGAGCGAGUUGAUAAUGGCACCAUGCAGAAAGAGGAACCUGCCGGUGCACAUGGACUCGAUAGUCAACGAUUCUUCUGCAACACUGCUAUCGCGUGCUUACGAAGAUCCAUCCACUCGCUUUGCUGUCAUUCUGGGAACUGGCUUCAACAUCUCUGUACACCUUCCUGUAUCCGCGCUCGGCACCACCAAGUACAAGGGAUACCCUCAGCAAUGGCUCGACGAAGCUACUCAUGUUCUCGUCAACACAGAAUGCAGCAUGUUUGGAAAGGGCGUGUUCCCUACGACUAGAUGGGACGACCAUCUGAACGAGACACACAUCCGUCCCGACUUUCAGCCUUUUGAGCACAUGAUCAGCGGCCGCUACAUGGGCGAGAUUGUGCGACUCAUCAUUGUCGAAGCCGUACACACAGCCGGCCUGUUCAGCGGCGAAAUGCCCGCCCACCUCAACGAGCCCUACACUCUAGACACUGGCACCAUUGCCGCCAUGGAAAUGGACGACUCAAAAUACCUCACACAAGCCACAGCCCUCUUCCAAUCCCAGCAUCCCCUCAGCAAGCCUCCUACCGUCAACGACAUUCAGUUUGUGCGCCAAGUCUCGCAGCUCGUCUCGCAUCGCGCCGCCGCCUUUCUUGCAACGGGUAUCCACGCACUGUGGGCCCUUCGCACCGAGGCGGAAGGCCUGACGCCCGCAUCCGCUGGUCGGAUGAGCAUCGGUUGCAACGGCUCCGUCAUUGAAAAGUACCCACUUUUCAGAGAACUCUGCCAAUCCCAUCUCCAUGAGCUGACGGCUGCUUCGGGCGCACCGCAAAGGUCCAUUUCGCUCGAGAUUGCAGUCGAAUCAGCUAUUUUUGGCGCUGCAGUCUCGGCAUGCUGUCUUGAGGGGCAAUGAUAGUUUUUUUUGCUUUUUUCAAGACAGCAUUUCUUUCUAUUCUUCUUUCUUUUUCUUCUUUUUCUUCUUCUUCUUUACACGGCUAUUGUAUAUACAUCACUUCACCAUCUAGACAUUCACUCUAGGGCCAGAUUACGAGAAGAUUUUUUCUUUCUUUACAGAGGCAAGGCAGGGCAUAUGGGAACUUCUUGGUUUUCUUCAUUUUUUUGGGUUUCAAGCGUCAUGCAAGUUCCCCCAGCCCCAAUGGCGUUUGUUGCUUUAUCGGUAUCCGAAAAAAAACCCUCAAAUGAACUGGGAGGGGAAAGAAAGAGGCAGAGCGGUUCCCCCCAUUACGACAGUGUCUAGGCAUACAUACAUGCAAUUAUCAUGAUCUAAUGAAGAACGGUUGUCCCCC